UAGUCUGCCUUAAUCCAAAGAAGAAGAACUGCGCAUGCGUGUAAUAUGGUGGCACUGGUGGUACCAGCUGGGGAAGUUGUUACAUUAUUUUCUUAGUAAAGUUUUAAUAGGAGAAAUGGGUUGUUAACUCUGGGAUUUAUAAACUCUACACAGAAGGAAAACCAUGACAGCUAACGAGGAUCAAGAGAUGGAGUUGGAGGCUCUUCGCUCUAUCUAUGAGGGGGAUGAGUGUUUCAAGGAAAUCAGUAUAGUUUCCUUUCAGUUUAGGAUAGGAGACCUUGAUGACACCAAAGCAUUCAUGCUGGACAUCACAUGGCCUGAGACGUACCCUGAGACGGCCCCACAAAUGUCCCUUGAUGCUUUUUUCAACAACAGAUUCUCUGCAGAGACGAAGCAGCUGAUUCUUACAAAGCUGGAGGAGCAGGUGGAGGCUAACCUGGGCACUGCAAUGAUGUAUACUCUUUUUGAGUGGGCCAAGGAGAACCAGGAGGCCCUCAUGGAGAACCACAAGCCUGUAGCCACUGCUGUGACAUCCAGCAGUGAUGGGAUUACCAGCUCAACAGCCAAGAAGAAGGAGAAGAAGGAGCAGCUGACUAAAUCUCAGAAGAGGAGGAUUAUCAACAGAACAGAUCACAAAGGGGAGCUGCCAAGAGGUUGGAACUGGGUUGACGUUAUCAAACAUUUGAGUAAAACAGGAGGAAAAGACGAUGAUUUGGCCUGAGGGCAGUGAUCUGGUGCUACUUUGUACAAAGAAGUGCAGUGAAGUCUGAACUCACCUGUAGUAGCCUGUUGAUGCUGCUGUCCAGAUACAGUCACAUCCUCCAUCUUCAACAUUUACUCAACAUGGCUGCUUUCACCCUGAGAACCAAAGCAGGCUGGGAAUGGUGGACUUCAGGACACACACACACACACACACACACACACACACACACACACACACACACACACACACACACACACACACACACACACACACACACACACACACACAAACACACUUCCAGCUAGAGUCAGACUUUGAGCUGUGAACUAUUUGAAGCCCUUGCUGUGUUUUAUGUGUUGUGUGCAAUCAGGUGAAGACACAUCAUCAGCUUUUGCUCCUCCUAUACAGUUAGCAUUCAACCAUUCUGCUCAGUCAUCCAUCAGGGUGGAGUGUGCUUGAGAUACUUGCUGUCACUGCCAUGUUUUCAGUCUGUGAUUAGGCCCAGCUGCCAGGCACUGGAGCUAAAAAUGUUGGAUAGUGGUUCUAAAUGGAUGUGUCAAAGUGUACAUUUUUUAUAACACACAAAAUGUCACCAGACAAAAGUUUUUUUUCCCCCUAUAAAUUUAAUUCUUUUUAAUAAAUAAACCAAAUUUGGUCUACUGCUUGUCUAAAAAAUGUAAUUUACUAUUGUGUGAGAUUUUAAGACUAUAAGAAGGCUCAAGUGAUCAUGGUCUAAAUUGUGAAGUGUGAAGUAACAAAACUGUGCCAGAGUUACAAAGGAAGUUGAGUGAUUCUGCCUUCAAAAUAAAACCUGAAUCUGAUAAUUGCUGUUGAUACCAA